AGGAGGAUCUCGUCAGUCCGCAGGUCACCAUCACCUCCUCCUCGUCCUCCUCCUCCUCACUCUUCCUCUGUCUCUCUCCGCUGCUCCUGGCCCGGCUCGGCUCGGCUCGGCACGGCACGCUUUCAUUUGGACCUGGACACACACAGAGCGGGGACAGGACCAGGAGAACAGGACCGGGACCUGCAUGAUCCGUGUUCCGGCCGCGGGCUCCCGUCAUGCUGGGUGCGGUGAAGAUGGAAGGGCACGAGGCUCCGGACUGGAGCGGAUACUACAGCGAGGAGAUGUACUCUCCAAUGGCAGGCAGUGGGAUGGGUUCUGGUCUUGGGAUGGGCUCCAUGUCGGGCUACAUGUCCAGCAGUGGGACCACUUCAGGCUCCUUCAACAUGUCAUACAGCGGGACCGGUCUGAGCCCCACCCCGGUCGGGGGGAUGGGUGGCUCAGCUCCGGCGGCCAUGUCAGGUCUGGGCGGGGGCGUGGCCUCAAUGGGUGGUGCUCUGAGCCCGUCCAAUAUGAGCUCUGUGUCGGCCCAGCAGGCCUCAAUGGGUCUGAACCCGUACGGGGGCAUGAGUCCUACCAUGAGCCCUGGCAUGGCAUACGGUGGAGGGGGGCUGAACCGUGGCCGUGACAACAAGGCAUUCAGACGGAGCUACCCACACGCCAAACCGCCCUACUCCUACAUCUCACUCAUCACCAUGGCGAUCCAGCAGGCACCAAGCAAGAUGCUGACACUCAGCGAGAUCUACCAGUGGAUCAUGGAUCUGUUCCCGUACUACCGACAGAACCAGCAGCGCUGGCAGAACUCCAUCAGGCACUCGCUGUCCUUCAACGACUGCUUCGUCAAGGUGUCACGCUCACCAGACAAACCGGGGAAGGGCUCAUACUGGACCCUGCACCCAGACUCUGGGAACAUGUUUGAGAACGGCUGCUACCUGCGUCGCCAGAAGAGGUUCAAGUGUGAGAAGAAGAUGUCACCCAAAUCUGAGGGCAGGAAGGAGCAGGGUGGAGGAGGUGGAGGAGCGUCUCCCUCUGGGGACUCCAUCAAGCCUCCAGGACUCCUGGACUCUUCUUCCCUGCCGUCUUCCAGCCAGGCGGCCUCGCCUCCCAGUCUGGACCUGCGGGGAGGCGUGGCGUCGGACCUGAAGGUGUCCGGCUCCCAGCUCCUGUCCUCUCUGUCAUUACCCCCCCACUCCAUGGCACAUGAGUCCCAGCUGCACCUGAAAGGAGACCCCCAUUACUCCUUCAACCACCCGUUCUCCAUCAAUAAUUUAAUGUCGUCUUCAGAGCAGCAGCACAAACUGGACCUGAAGGCCUACGAGGCGCUACAGUACUCCUCCUACAGUGCUGGGGCGGCGUCCGGCCUUGGAGGGAGAACCAUGGAGCCUCUGGAGGCCUCCUACUACCAGGGAGUGUACCCCAGACCACUCCUCAACACCUCAUAGUACCCACUGAACUUCCUGUUUGGACUCUUGCUCUCUGCAUGCAGCCGUCCUGGACUUCCUGUCUGACUGUGAUAAAUGGGAUCGACCCGGCUGCUGCUGCUGGUCUCUGAACUGAACUCUGCACUGUGACCAGACCAGGACACAAAGAGACCUGCUAACACUCAGCUGUUAAACUGAUCCCAGGUCUGUGGUCUCCUUUUACACACAGAGUCCCAAACAAGGUUCAGAAAAAACAGACCAGGACCAUCACUUGGUCCAGUACCAUGGGCUGGUCCAGGACCAUGGGCUGGUCCAGGACCAUCACUUGGUCCAGUACCAUCGGCUGGUCCAGAUCGGUUUGUGGUGCAUUUUUUUUUUUUUAUGUCCGAUCAGAUCCAGAAUUCAGACCUCUAAAAAUUAAAAUCUCUUCAAAUUAAAAGCAUGAUAACGUUAAAAAUAACGAUCUGCACAGAAAAUGUCAACUAGAACCAGGAACCAGAACUCAGAGAACUCAGUGGACCUUUAGGGGCUCUCCAAGUCAGAGAUGUGACCCUGCAGCCUCCUCAGACCUCCUUAAGUCCCUCAGAGUCUGAGUUUGUCUCUUCUGACGAUUCAAAGGUCAAAGGUCACCUGGUGAUGCUGAUGAGGUGGUUGUCAUGGUAACAGAUUAAUUUUUAGAACUGCUGUAUUUCAUCAUAAAACUCGAGGAGCGUUUUUUUCUCCCACGACCUCGUCUGCGUCUCCGCUGACCUCUGGAGGGGUCACGACCCUCAGAGUGAGAAACUCCCGCAGAUUAAAGGGUCACUUCACUUUUCCCGCCUCUCUGUUUGUCGUCUGUAUCCGGGCAGAUUUCUGAUCAGUCCUUCUGCUGAGUCAUCGAUCGUUUAAAAAAACAAUCGAUCGAUUAGUGAUGAAUCCGUCAAAUAUUAUCAGAGUAAUUUCAAAUAUCCGAUCAUCAAUAAAGUUUAUCAAUGAGACAUAUUGAUGAUUUAUGAAAGUAAAUGAAACAAUUAUUUAUUGAUUAAUUAUUGAUGAUUCAGUAUUUAUUCAGUUAUUAAAAGACGUGAAAUGAUGAAUAAACUGAUAACUGCAGUAUUGAUGAGUAAAAUAAUGAUGAUCGGUUCUGAUCGAUUUCAAAGUAUUGAUUGAUGAUUGAUAUAAAGGAUCUUUGUUUGGUGACUCUCACUCUGUGUGUAAAAGGAGAAAACACUUCCUGUCUGUUCUCUGACUGUUGAUGCGUCUGAUGAUAAAAUCCACUCUUGAUCAUUAAUUAUUGAUUAUUAUUAUUGAUUAUUAUUAAUUAUUAUUACCAUG